UCUCGUGGAGAUCGGAGGAGACCGUGAAAGUUAUCGUGAUAAAAUAUUAUCCGAAAUUCUUCACUGGUUCGCUCUUGGCGCUUGAUGUGUGCUGGGGGUUACUUGUCUGUGAUCCGCGCGCGCUCACCGCACUUGUUACUGCUUUUGUAGUGUGUUGAACAAAAAUCAACAAGGAAUUAUUAUUCCAAUUUGUGAAUUGUGAAAAAAUAGUUUUAAGUAGUGUAUGGAUUGGUUUACCGGCAGGAUUGUAUUGUGAUAUACAAUGUAAACAGCUGUGUUGUUAAUUGGACGGAAAUAGUGAAGUGAUGUUUAUCCUGAAAAUACAUUCAUAAAUUUCGAUGUUGACGAAUGGCAUAUAAACAAGGGAACUGAACAGUUGAUAAUGAUGGCGUCUACCGGCGGUGCAGGCAAUUCAGCCAUACCAGGUGUAGUUGUCGCUGUACCUCAAGCGUUCGAUUUACAAGCUGGAAGCAGCUAUGGGGACUCCUCAUCAGACGCACGCUCUCCUGAUUUACCGAUCGCUAAAGCGAGCGAUCGCCAGUCGCGCAUUAUCGCUGAGAAACAUAGACGGAGUGAGUUUAAUGCUCAAAUUUCUCAAAUGAUGUCCCUGCUGUCUGAUAUAGUCCACUCACAACGAAAGGUUGACAAGACGAGUGUCUUGCGACUUGUGGCAAGUGAACUACGGAACCAGCACAUUUUUGGUGACUCUAUUAAAUGCCGUCACCUUGAAACAUGGUCGUCUGCUAUACUUAAAUUCUUUGACCUGAUCGGUGGUUUCAUGCUGGCCGUGACUUGCAUGGGUCGCAUAUGUAACGUAUCCCAUAACGUUCAAGAGAAGCUAGGUUACUGCUACAUAGAUCUCUUAGGUCAAGAUUUUUACAAUUAUGUCCACCACGAGGAUAAAGACAUCCUACGGCAACACAUUUAUCCAUCAGAGUUACAAACUGGUUGUAAUCCAAAACUGUUAGAAGAACAUCAUAACUUUCACAUAAGAAUAAUGCGCGCUGGUGCUAGGUCAGACCCUCCCAGAUAUGAGCGUUGUAGAAUAGAUGGGGUGCUCCGACGAUCUGACCGUGCCACUGCUAGUGGAGUUCAAGAAGAACAAACUAUCAAGCGACAAAGAGUGAGACACCACCGCACCUUUUCCUCAAGUGGAAACGACUAUGUUUUCAUUGGAAUGGUCCAUAUAUUAACAAACAGCUUGCCAGCAAGAAUGUUACCACCUACUGCUUACUCAGAGUAUUGGACAAGGCAUUUAAUUGAUGGCCGAAUUGUGCAAUGCGACCAAAGCAUCUCCUUAGCAGCGGGUUACAUGACAGAAGAGGUCACUGGAACCUCUGCAUUCUUUUUCAUGCACAAAGAUGAUGUGCGCUGGGUUAUUUGUGUAUUACGCCAGAUGUAUGACCAAAGCAAGGAGUUUGGAGAGUCUUAUUACAGACUUAUGUCCCGGUCUGGCCAUUUCAUUUACAUGAGGACCAGAGGAUUCCUUGAAAUUGACAAAGACACAAAAAAAGUACAGAGCUUUGUUUGUGUUAACAGUGUAAUCGGUGAGGAAUAUGGGCAGAGAAUGAUGGAUGAGAUGAAAAGGAAGUACUCUGUUAUGGUUGAAACUGAUAAAAUAGAAAAUGAAAAAGCUCCAACCACCGAUGAGGCUCCUGUAGAGCACCCUAGGCGUUUAGAAAGAAUUGUGAUGCACCUGGUAGAACCAGCCACCAGUGAAAAUGUAGAUGAAUUAAAAUUGGUAGCACCUUCUAAGGAGAACAUUAUCUCGGCAAUUAAAAACAGUGAACGGGUGGUACAAGAAACUGGUGUCAGAUUUGAUACUCGCAAAAGAAAAAAUUCUGAUUGUGAGGACAAUAGUGAACAUUUGAAAAAGCAUAGUGGUCUUGCAGACAGUCCACCAAGGUGAUAUGUUUAAAGAAAGUAAGUUUUAACACUAGAAUGACGGGAUCAGUAUUUUUACUUUCAAUUGAAUUAUCCUGAAUCAUUUUGGCUAAUCUUGAUCCUUUGUGAUUUUUCAUUAUGAAUAAAGUCUUGAAAUACUUAAAAAUU